CCACCUUGUGGCAGAAUUGCGACAUAACACCUGGAAGAAAAUGGCCGGUCAAGAGGAUCCAGUGCAAAGAGAGAUUCACCAGGACUGGGCUAAUCGGGAAUAUAUAGAAGUUAUAACAAGCAGCAUCAAGAAAAUCGCAGAUUUUCUAAAUUCUUUCGACAUGUCCUGUAGAUCUCGGUUGGCCACUUUGAAUGAGAAGCUGACUGCCCUGGAGAGGAGAAUUGAGUAUAUCGAGGCCAGAGUCACUAAAGGAGAGACAUUAACUUAAAUCCAGCAGCGCGACUGGAUUUAUGUCUUCUUAAAGAAAUGACAACCAGAAUUUCUUUUGCUCAUUUUGCAACUUAAUUCUUUUAACAUACAUCUGUGAGUCUUGGUACCACUUAUGAACACUUUCAAAUUGUGCUGUGUUGUAAUGGUUUCUUAAGCUUCAUAUUGCUGUAAAAGCUUGAAAUACUGCACUGUAAAUCCGAUGUACUUACUCAUCAUUCCGUGUGUUUUUUUUUAAAACACACACUUGUUCUGUUGUGGAAAUUGUUAUUUUGAAACCUUAUUAAUGUCAUAGAGCUGACACUUUGAAUUGUUUAAAAAAGCACAUACGAAACGCAGCUGGAUUGAACCAAACAGGCAUAGAAAGCUGUAAUGCCACCAUAGAAAAUGCUAAUUGCAGUGUUUUGUGGCUUUACAUGUGGUAAAGAAAAUCUUGUCUCUGCUUUGCUGUUUUGUGUUUUUUGGAACGUUGGCUCACUGCUUUUUAAGAUGGCCUAAGAUGAUGCAUGUGCAAUGGAAGAUCAGAAGAAGCAUCCAUGCAUCACACAAGUGGCGAAUGAGUGCCAAGUCACAUUUCUUUAUAUGAUUCUAUCUCAAAAAUUACACCAGUUUUGAUUUUUAAUAUGUAUGUGUACAUUUACCAUUGUAUUUUGGAUUUCGUGUUGAGACAAUAAAGGAUAUUAAAAAGCAUUUUUAAUGUUAGUCAUGCGCAAGCAUUAAUAUAACCAUGGUACUUUAAAAACUUUUACACUAAAUGUGUUUCAUAUAACAUAAUGAGAAUUUGGUAGUUUUAUUUGUACAUUUGCUGUAUUGGACACAGUUAAGUCUAAAUAUAUCCAUUAAAUUCUUUAAGAUGAUAA